AUGGGCGAGGACUUGAAGUCAGAAGACAUACUUGGAUUUAAACUUGAUAGGUGUAUUUCAGAUACCUUAAUUAAGACAGGUGCUGGUUUAUUUGGGGGAAUCAUAUUUUCCGUAGUGCUUGCUAAAAGGCGUCCUUGGCCGCUUAUUUUCGGGACUGGUUUUGGUCUCGGAAUGGGAAUCUCCAAUUGUAAUAACGAUUUUAAACAACCACUUCCUUUAGUUUCUCACCGUAUUGUGAGUUCAAAUCAAGUUCCGGAGGAAAAGAAAAGCUCAUAG